UUUGAAAAUGGAUCCCUUUCAACAAUUUCCCUCUUCAAAUCAAAUCCUAUACUCUCUCCUUUCACUGAAAAUGAAACUCAAGUUCAACUCCAACUUUAACUAGAACCCUAAAGCCACCAUUAAUUCACCACUACUAAUUCAAUUGUAAACCUAAAAUAUUGAUUUCAAUGCAGGAAGUCUUCGGAUCAGUUCGUCGAUCUUUAGCAUUCCGAACAUCAACAUCUUCUUCUCCAAUUACAGAUAACGACAGUGGUUUUGGUGGGUUUUUCGAUAAAAUUGGAUCUUCCAUUCGUAAAUCGCGAAUUGGAAAAUUAGCGGAGAAAUCUCCUGUAAAAACACUUCCAUUUUCUCCUGUUAAAGAGAAUAUGCCGCCGAUUCCCGCUGUUAAAGAUGAUGCUCCUCCUAUUCGGUGGCGGAAGGGUGAGUUGAUUGGUUGCGGCGCGUUUGGGAGAGUUUAUAUGGGCAUGAAUCUCGAUUCUGGUGAACUUCUUGCUGUUAAGCAGGUUUUGAUUGCUUCUGGUGGUGGUGCUUCAAGAGAGAAAGCUCAGGCUCACAUAAGGGAGUUGGAAGAGGAAGUGAAGCUUCUUAAGAAUCUAUCACAUCCAAAUAUAGUUAGAUACUUGGGGACUGCAAGAGAAGAGGAGGCAUUAAAUAUCUUGUUGGAAUUUGUUCCUGGUGGAUCCAUUUCCUCACUUCUCGGCAAGUUCGGAUCUUUUCCUGAAUCUGUUAUACGAAUGUAUACAAAGCAAUUGCUACUGGGAUUGGAAUACCUACAUAAGAAUGGGAUUAUGCAUAGGGACAUCAAGGGUGCAAACAUCCUUGUUGACAACAAAGGAUGUAUUAAACUUGCAGAUUUUGGUGCUUCCAAGAAAGUUGUUGAGCUGGCUACUAUGACUGGGGCAAAGUCAAUGAAGGGUACUCCAUACUGGAUGGCACCCGAAGUCAUUCUUCAGACUGGCCAUAGUUUCUCGGCUGAUAUAUGGAGUGUUGGUUGUACAAUCAUCGAAAUGGCCACAGGAAAGCCUCCCUGGUGCCAGUAUCAGGAGGUGCAAGCACUAUUCCAUAUUGGGACCACCAAGUCUCAUCCUCCUAUACCUGAGCACCUUUCUGCUGAAGCAAAGGAUUUUCUGUCCAAGUGUUUACAGAAGGAACCAUGCUUAAGGGCAUCUGCUUCUGAACUUCUUCAGUAUCCAUUUGUCACUGCAGAAUUCUGGGAAUCUCAACAUGUUUCUCGUCGUUCAGUUAUGGAAAAUAGUGGAAAUCAAGCAGCACUUACACCAGUAGAUCCGAAGAAGACGAGUAGCAAUGUGACGAGGUCAAUAAGUGGUGGUCUAAAAGAUGAUCUAUGCAACAUGGAUAGCGUGAGAUGCUCAACAGUUUACCCUGAGAAGUUUGGUACAAGUCCUCUUUGGGGAACAAACACAAGUGAUGAUGACAUUUGUAUGAUAGAUGAUAAAGAUGAUUUUGCAGCAGAUGCUACAGCGCAAUCAAAUAACUCAGUGCUUGACUUCUGUAAGAGUUUCAACCCCAUGUGCGAGCCGAAUGAUGAUUGGCCUUGUAAAUUCGAUGAUAGCCCUGAGGCUGGAAGAAGCAACAUAGACUUUCCAAGGGAAGAUUGUGGAACUGCUGAAGCAUCUUGUCAUGGAGAAAAUGAGUUCUCUUUUUCAAGUGAAGGAUUGGCUGACGAUGAAGAAGAAGUUACGGAAUCAAAAAUUAGGGCAUUUUUGGAUGAGAAGGCUUUUGAUCUCAAGAAACUACAAGAAGAGUUCUAUAGUACUUUAAAUGUGGCCUCUUCAAAAGCUUUUGGGGUCAUUGAAAGUGAUGCUGUAAGUAAUUUGUCUUCCAAAAGUAAGUCGCCUGCACCGGUACCUAGCAGACGAUUAUCCACAACAGCUGAUGUUUCCAAAAAUGCAAGUCCUGUUCCAGAACUGGAUGGUCCUGGAGAACAACCUUUAAAAGAGCUCCCUGAGAUCAGAGAGCUACAGAAUGAAGGUUCUAGUUCAAGUCCAAGCUUCUCUGAGAGGCAACGGCUUUGGAAGGAAGAACUUGACAAAGAACUUGAGAUGGAAAGAGAGAGACUUGCAGAACGAUUACGUCAAGCAGGAGGGAAGACCUCAUCCCCAAAUAAACGUGUACCCUGUCAACAAAGGGAACGGUUACCUUUUGCUUCUCCGCCAAAAUGAGGACAUGUUAUAUUGGUGUUCAGCCAUGAUGAUUCGAGGAAACGUGCUUUCAGGCAAGCACAAAUGUAUUUACAAAGCUGUGUUAAAACUUCAUUUCAUAUGGUAGCCAACCAACAAGCCAUGAAUAGCAGAUCGUCCAGUUGAUAAAUUGCAUGAGAGUUCCGGGGGUAUGAAUGACGAGCAACUGAUCAUAAUAUCUAAUCAGUUUUGAUUUUUAUAUUUUCUAUUGCUCAACCGCAAUUUGUAUGUUUUUACGUGAAUACUGAGUGCGAUUCUGGAUUUUUCUUUGGUGAUUCUGAAGAUUUAUAGCAAUGUAUAAAGGUUUUGAUAUCGGUUGAUGUAUAAUGGCGCCAGUAGCUGAUCGCUUGCUCUGUAGUGACCAUGGAUAGCCAACUUCUUAGUCUAUGCUUCAGAUUCUCAUUUUUAUGGACUAAUAACCAUACUCUAUUAAAUGGUUGAAACUCGAACAAUACUCGAUUGAAUAUCAAUCAUUUGA